AUGACCGUCCCAGGCGACUCGUCUGAGGCCACAGAGCCGACCCCCUCGACACCAACGACGACGCAAGAACCACUGGAUGUACCGCGUCCGCCUUCCGUGGGUGAUAUCUCGUCGCGCAUGACCGACAUCGCGUCUGAGGACGGUGAUGAGUCCUCCCGGCCAAACACUCGGCGAUCCUCGCAGCCAUGGGCCCAGAUGCCCUCCUCGCGACGAGGACCGCCGCCCGCCAGGAACUCCCUAACCUCCAGUCAGGCGGCCAGUCGUCCGACCAGUUCCGGAAGCAGGAUGAGUCGCUCGCAUGCGCCUUCGCUGGCUGCGCAGGGUUUCUUUCGGCCCAUGAGCUCCCAGCGACUCCAGGCGCAUCGCGGCACCCGUCCGCUCGCAAGGGGCGGCGCCUCCAGUCCGACAGGCGAAACUGAAGAAGGCGAUAACAAACGGCGGAGCUUGAUUUCCAAUAGUACGCUGCGUCAAGGCACUCAGCUGGAAGAUGUUCCUCCUUCGCGGGGCACCGAGUUCACGGAUCCCAUCAUCCCCGAUCGCGGCACCUCCAAUGCCAGUCCGGUUGGAAACACUACCGUCAGAAGCCUGGGGGAGAGCGUCCGGCUGCUGCAAGACCGGGAGAAGAAAUCAGUGCCGCAGACGCUGAAUCUGAGUGUGAACUACAGGAACCCCGGGGGACAGAACGACCCCCCGCAGCGGUCCCCUCUGUCCUUCAGAUCUGGGUUGCUCUCUCUGCAGAGCAAGAACGAGAAUCCAGAAGGUCAUGAGCGGCUAUCAUCGACGGUGUCGACUCCAAGAACUCUCGAGGCCAAGGCACAGCAUGCCGCCGCUCCCCAGAAGAAAAUGGGCAAGAAUUAUGAGUAUUUCACCGGUAACACGGUCUUCUGGGGCAGCGGGCGAUUUCAGAAUGCAAGAGACAAGCCCGUCAAUAUCGCGACAGGUAUUCUGGUCGCUCUUCCAGCGGGAUUGUUUUUCGGGUUCUCGGCACCAUGGCUGUGGCACCAUAUCUCGCCUGCAAUUCCUAUCCUCUUCGCCUAUCUCUUCUACGUGUGCAUGUCGUCCUUUAUCCAUGCGUCUGUGGUGGACCCUGGUAUUAUUCCCCGAAAUCUCCAUGUUAUGCCACCACCAGAUGCGGGAUCCGAUCCUCUGGCUGUAGGCCCUCCCACUACCGACUGGGUCAUGAUCAAGCUGGCUACGUCCGACGUGGCUGCGAUGGAUGUCCCAGUCAAAUACUGCAAAACUUGCAACAUCUGGCGGCCGCCGCGCUGCUACCACUGCCGAGUGUGCGAUAAUUGCGUGGAAACUCUCGACCAUCACUGUGUCUGGCUGAACAACUGUGUGGGCCGGCGCAACUAUCGCUACUUCUUCACUUUUGUGAGCUCGGCCACUCUCCUGGCCCUGUUUUUGAUUGGCGCGAGUCUGGCGCAUAUCCUAGUCUAUCGCCAUCAGCAUGGCAUCACCUUCGGAAAGGCCAUUGAUCACUGGCGUGUUCCCUGGGCGAUGGUCAUAUACGGCGCCCUGGCUGCACCCUACCCCGGAUCUCUGUGGGCUUAUCAUCUCUUCCUCAUGGGUCGGGGCGAGACAACCCGAGAGUAUCUCAGCUCGCACAAGUUUCAGAAGGCUGAUCGCUACCGGCCGUUCGAUCAAGGAAAUAUCUUCCGCAACUGGAUUGCUGUGCUGGGGCGGCCUCGUCCCCCGACGUAUCUUCAGUUCAAGCGGCCAUAUCAGGAGGGCGAUCAGCGCUUUGCAACGCGGAAACGCAAGGAUCGCAUCAAUGACCUGGAAGCACAGAUGGGCAUGGAGAUGCAGGAAGUGCCUCCCAGCUCCCAUGGGGCUACUUCUGGCUCACGACCUCCAACAUGA